AUGGAACACACACGUCGCGAAGUGUACGUGGAGUGCACGACGGAACGAACGCUCGAAUCGCUCAACUACUGUCUUUCAUCAAUCUUUGCACAUAACAUUAAACUGUGCGUGCAUACGUCGUCGUCGUCGCCGUCGCCGCCGUUGAUUCAGCGCCGUGCGCCAUUAGUCGCUCGAUCGCUUUUCGCUGGUCCUGAAGCGGUCGGCGGCAACCGCAUCCAGAGGAGCCAUUCGAGAAGCGUCGCCGAGAAAGUGCGACGUUCAAAAUAUGCUGCACUUAUGGAGAUUCUCGAUUACGAACCCGAAGAGAGGAGCUGA